AUGUCGAUUACGGCAGAGGCGGUGAUAGCCGCCAGGCAGUCAGUGUGUGCCGUUGUUCAAUACUGGCUGAGAACGCUGCCUAACGCCUUGAAAGCGAUCCUUGUUCACGCGCCUCCACUCAGCCAAAACAUCAAGUGCGCUAUUCGAGUGCACCUGGAGGAUCGGUCAUGCGCAUGCCUUCUCACCAGCUCGAGUCAAACCAGAGUGGAUUUGGUUAUGGGUGCUGUAACCGAACUAUUCAACGAAGGCAGGUUCCACCCAGUCUCCAUGUUACAGAUCAUCCUCGACGAUCGGUUCGCAGCUCUAGAAGGCUGGUUCGAAUAUCUGAGGACGGAGUAUGGUGCAUCUUGCAUGGAGUUCCUGAAGGAAGUCGAGGACGCACAAGGCCACUGCGGAUACAACCAGCUAAGCAGUGCAGAGACGGCGGCCUUGACAGAGCCCAUUGCGUUCACGCUUGCGAAAUGCGACUUCACGAAUGACAAGCUGAGAGAAGUCAUAAGCAGAAUUGAGGCACAGAUCAACGUGUCCUUUAGCCUUGUCGCUCAAGAAGAUAGCAGCAUCAAUCUUUUCGUUGCCGAGCGUUCGCAACAUGCCGCUGAGCUUGCCGCUAGUGACAGCCGAGUGAUGAAGGUGAUCGCGUUCAUGACACUCGUCUUCUUACCGUGUUCACUUGUAACAUCGAUCUGGGAUGCCGAGCUCGUGAAGCUCGAGGGAGACAAGAAUUGGAAAAUCUAUCUCGUGGCUUCGCUUGGAUCGUCUGUCCUUAUAACAGCGCUAGGGUCCAUGCUGCUCCUAUAUCGUGGUCGAAAGUGGACAGCCCGGCCAGGGAGAGAAACUCGUUUGAAGUGGCCCUUUGCAGACACGGAUGGUUUGCCAGCGUCUCCACUGGCCAAUAUCUGGCAAAGACAGCCUCUACAGUAA